AUGACCGGAAGUCACCUCAGAGCGGCACCCUCUGGGUUAGUCGAGCACCACCGAGUCGCAUCCCAACCGGAUUAUCGCGCGGGCAUGGCCGCCACGCCAUCCCGCUCUGGGCAAACAUCGAAUCAAGAGGAGAGGGCCGCAGCUAAGCGCAAAAGGGAGGAGCCGGAGGCCAUUGUGAUCAACGUUUCCGAAGAUGACCCCGGAGCCACCCAAAGCUUCAUCUCCGCAAAAGCGGCCAAGCUCCGGCCUGCUCCCUGGGAAGCCUGGGUCCACCCGUUUCCUGAAAGGGUCAACAGCUUCCAGUACCUCCUCUGCCGCGCUCCCCAGCAAUACAAAAUCCUCGAGCUUACCGUCGAGUAA